AUGAAGCUUUGUUCCAUUGUUUUCGUCUUCGGCUUAACCGCUUUUCAAUUUCUACUUCCAUCCACCAUAGUUAAUGCUCAGGAAGCUACGGAUUCUUGCAAUUCAACUCUACCUCUCAAUGACCUCGCAUUCGACUCAAGCCUUCUUCAAUGCGUCGAAGGUUGGAAACUUCAAAACUACAUCCUCCGAUAUGUUAAAACGGUAGAAAACACAUGGGAGUUCAUUUUAUCGGCGCCGGAUUCUGGUGCAUACAUCGCGAUCGGGUUCUCGAUCAACGGUCGAAUGGUCGAUAGCAGCGCAAUCGUCGGUUGGAUUAAUUCCGGAAAAGGAGACGUAAAACAGUACUUACUCGCAGGUAAAUCACCCGAUAAAGUGAUACUUGACCAAGAAGAUAUAAAGAUCGUAAACGGUUCGUUGAAGAUUCAGUCAGUGUCUUCACGUCUUUACAUGAGUUUCCAAUUGACCGCGGAGUUGCCGCGUGAGAGGCUGCUUUACGCUAUGGGACCUGCCGGAUUCUUCCCGUCUUCCCCGGAGUUUAGGUUGAUGGUACACCAGUUCGUGACCACCUCGACCAUCAAGUAUAUUACAGGACCCGCUACAUUUGGACCAACCAUGUCUCCAAGUCCAGCGACGACACCGGCGUCCGGACCUUCUCUCACUCCUUCAUCCGCCUACAGUCUCUCACCGUCUCUUCUCUUCUUCGGCAUCGGCCUCUUAGCUCUGAAAUUCUACUGA